AUGGCGGCGAUUGUAAGAUUAAAACGACGAAGAAACGAAGAACCUGUCGAAGCUUUGUUGUUAUCUUGUAAAAAGAGAAAGGAAGAUGGAAUUCAAUCACAUGAAACUGGAUUCCCUUUAGAUACGACAUCUAAUAUUCAAGAAACUUUAAAAUUUGCCGGUACAAUCUCUCCGAAAGAGACUGAAAUCUCAAAACACAUUCGUGCCGCGAUUCGAAAGGAAAAACUUUCGAAAGAAUAUAAACAACAUGGUCAACAAGUUUCUAUACCUGAAAUGUCGCAGCGAACUCGAGUUGGACGACAGACGACAUCGCGAGAAAAUCGUUACAAAGUUGUGUGUAGUCAUAGAGAACUCGAACUUGACAAAUUGGACAGUAACGUUACUGAAAAUGGCGGACAAGGGGAUGCUGGAGCCAAAAAUGAAGACACUGGUGCUUCCUCGAAUUCUAAAGUUUUCUUACUCUAUGAUGUAGAAAAAGAGUCUAUGGCUACAACUUCCGAUGCCAAAUAUGAACCGAAAGUUAAAAGUGACUUGAGUGAAAUAACAUGUAAUUCUGUGCCGUUAAUCCGCGAGAAAAGGGAGGAUGAGGAUUUUGUCUAUGAUCUAUAUUACACUAAUAGUGGGAGUCUUGAUUUUCAAGCCUUACAGAGUGCAUUAACAAUACAAGCUCUGUAUGACGAUCUAGUCUACGACGAUGAUCGAUUCGCUGAUGAUGAUGAAGUUUAUGAUGAUGAUGAUGAUUCCAAUGAUGAAGGAAAUUGGAGGAAUGAUUAUCCAGAUGAAGAUCCAGGAUUUAUUAACAAUCAAGAUCUUGAAUCAAACAUGUUAGACUUGAACAAUGAGACAUUUAAUGUAGACUCGUUGUCUUCGUUGAUGACAUCACGUUGUAACGUGGGUUUCGGUGAAGAUGAUGAUGAUGAUUUGUCUGGUUAUGAAGCAUAUAAAAGGAGAGUUGAAAGAGAAUUAUUGAGAGAUUAUCUACAAGAUAAUUCUUAG